GUCAUAACAGCGGAGUAGAAGCAGCUGCGCCACGCCUAUCGACCCACCCGUUAACAUUUAAUGGAAUUGCCGUAAAAAUAUUGUUGUUUUAUGCCAACGGUUUGUUUAUGACGUUGUUUCUUGCGUCCUCGUCAGCUUUACAGCUGUCCACUAGUGGCCUUGGUACCGAAAACUGGUCUCUAAAUUGUGCUUUUAUGGUCGGCGCUUUGCUGUGAUUGAGACAGAUUUAAAAACCGGCUGAAGGCUACGUUAGCAUCGGAGUACAUUUGUUAGCCUGUCAGUUGGUUAGCAUAUUCUAACAUUAUGACGUUAGGUUAGACAAGAAAGUGGUUGUUUUCCCCUAACCUUCGGCCACAGUUAGAGUGUUAAUUUUAAUAAGGCAGGACAUAAAGAGACAACGCAUAUGUACAACAUCUCAAGAGUCCCAGGUUAGGCUUUGACACGGCUGUCUAGCGACUUAGUUGGACUAGCUGAUGAGCGAAACUGGCGUUAGCAUGGCGUCAGAUACAAGUGACAACGAAGAAUUCUACGAUGCUCCAGAGGACGUUAGCUUGACUCCAAAAGAGUCACCUGCAAAGUUUUUCAUUCCUCCCCUUCAGGAGACACCAGAUAGUUCAGGAAAUGCUGAAGAAAAUGUAAGCAGUGCGACAUCAGAAACUCAGCAAGAUGAUUCUCUGCAGAUCAUUGAUAGCAUCAUAGAGGAGAGCCAAAAGGGAUGUGCUGUUGAUGAGGUGGUUCAGUUGCUAGAUCAGCUACAGGUUGAUGUAAAAUCGGAGCCAAAGGAAGAGCAGGAUGCAGGGGACGUUCCUCUGGAGAGAACAGUGCUGGUUGUUUCACCUGAACUUGUUGAGGGGUCAGAGGAGCAACAGAAAAGCGAUACUACAAAUGAAGACUGCUCUUUAGCUGCUCCCGAUCCCCCAAAUCUGCCAGGACCUUCAGCUGGGCCACAAGACCGAGUGCAGCCUCCAGAUCUCACCAGCACCAUCGCUCACAGUCAGGGCGAUGCUGCUGUUCUAGUGACACAAGACGAGAAGGGGCAGAGACCAGCAGACAUCUUGGAUCAGGUUCCCUUAACAGACAGGCCGGUUCAAACAGACUCGCCGGGGCCCUUAAAACCGCCCCGCCAGUUCACAGUAGAGCCCGAUAUCGUAGCCAGCACAAAGAAGCCACCUCCUACACGGCCGCCGCCUCCUGGUGGCGGUCCCCCACCGAGACCUCCACCACCAUCUUGCCGCGGCUUACCACCCAGGAUGUCCCAGGAAUGUGUGAGGCCAAGUGGACUGGAAGUAUACGCGGUGAGUGCAGUUAACUGUGAUUCCCUGGAGCCCUCUGGCCUGAUGUCUCCAUCCAGCACAGUAAGGUGUAUAACCAAAGAUCUGCAGCAUUCCUUGGAUCUGGCCAGUGCCACCAGCGGAGAAAAGGUGGUGACGGCACAGGAAAAUGAGGACGACCAGUCUUCAUCUCAGAGUGGAGCACAAACCCCCGGCCCUCAGCGUCCACGUUCUAACUCUGGCAGAGAACUGACAGAUGAAGAAAUACUGGCCAGUGUGAUGAUCAAGAAUUUAGACACUGGAGAAGAGAUUCCCUUGAUUCAAGCAGAGGAGAAACUUCCUACAGGGAUCAACCCUCUAACUCUGCACAUCAUGAGGAGGACCAAGGAGUACAUAACUAACGAUGCAGCUCAGUCGGAUGACGAUGACAAGUCUCACGCUCCGUUGUCAGACACGGAUGGAGGAAAACUGAAGCAGAGAACGACCCAGUUAAAAAAAUUCCUGGGAAAGUCUGUGAAGAAGGCCAAGCACCUUGCUGAGGAAUAUGGGGAAAAGGCAGUCAAUAAAGUGAAAAGCGUGCGUGAUGAAGUGUUCCACACAGAUCAAGAUGAUCCUUCAUCCAGUGAUGAUGAGGGCAUGCCGUACACCAGACCUGCCAAGUUCAAGGCAGCACAUAGCUUCAAGGGUCCCUUUGACUUUGAUCAGAUUAAGGUUGUGCAGGACCUGAGUGGAGAGCACACGGGAGCUGUUUGGACAAUGAAGUUUUCUCACUGUGGAAGACUUCUGGCAACUGCAGGCCAGGAUAAUAUAGUUCGCAUCUGGGUCCUCAAGACUGCCUUUGACUACUUUAAUAAUAUGAGAUUAAAGUACAACACUGAAGGUCGAGUUUCUCCUUCUCCUUCUCAGGAAAGCUUGUGCUCAUCCAAAUCUGACACAGAUCCUGGGGCUAGUUGUCCCUCGGAGGACCCAGACACCGAAGACAGAAAUGCCCCUUUCCGCCCAGUUCCCUUCUGCAAGUACAAGGGUCACACAGCUGAUCUGUUGGACCUGUCCUGGUCAAAGAACUUUUUCCUGCUCUCGUCCUCCAUGGAUAAAACGGUUAGAUUAUGGCACAUAUCCAGGAGAGAGUGCCUCUGCUGCUUUCAGCACAUUGAUUUCGUCACAGCCAUCGCUUUCCACCCCAGAGAUGACAGAUACUUUUUAAGCGGUUCUCUGGAUGGCAAACUACGGCUUUGGAACAUUCCAGACAAGAAGGUGGCUUUGUGGAAUGAGGUUGAUGGCCAAACGCGACUCAUCACCGCCGCCAACUUCUGCCAAAAUGGGAAAUACGCAGUUAUCGGUACCUACGAUGGACGCUGCAUCUUUUAUGACACAGAGCGACUAAAAUACCACACUCAAAUUCACGUGAGAUCAACCAGAGGAAGGAACAAAGUAGGCCGCAAAAUUACAGGCAUUGAACCUCUGCCCGGAGAGAACAAGAUUUUGGUUACCUCAAAUGAUUCCCGCAUUCGCCUUUAUGACCUGAGGGACUUGUCUCUGUCCAUGAAGUACAAAGGUUAUGUCAACAGCAGCAGCCAGAUUAAAGCCAGCUUCAGCCAUGACUACUCAUUCAUAGUCAGUGGCUCAGAGGAUAAUUAUGUGUACAUCUGGAGCACUUACCAUGAUCUGAGCAAAUUCACAUCUGUACGACGAGACCGCAAUGACUUCUGGGAAGGAAUUAAAGCACACAAUGCAGUGGUCACCUCAGCCAUAUUUGCACCCCAUCCAGACCUUAUUGUUCCUCAAGAAACAUUAGCAGAGAAACCGGAAGCAGACAGCAAGAGUCUAGAUUCCACGGACUCGGAGACGAUACCGUCAGGAGCCCUGAAAACAGAUCACACAGAGGUCCUGCUCUCUGCUGACUUCACUGGAGCGAUUAAAGUUUUCAUCAACGUCAAAAAGUACUGAGCACUUCCCACAUAGGUCUGUUCAGCAGAGAUUAAUCCAAGUUACUUUACCUACCUAAUGGUUGUUUCUCUGAGAAUAACGUGGAGAAACAAGUGGCGAAAGACUACAAAGUGGGCAAGGUGAGGUUCCUUGUCUUAUUUCUAUUUUUUAUCUUUCAUACUGGGUAACUGUGAACGGUUUGGCAUUUAGAGAUCCAGAAAUGUUUCUAGAGCAGAAACUAAUUCUGCUCAAACAUACAAGUUUAUAGUUGUAUAGCCAAGAAUAAUUAUAAAAAACAUAAAAAUCUAUUUUCAGUAGUUAUAAGCACCUUUCUUGUUUCCUUGGUUUUCUCAUCUCAGACAAAUGUUCCUGUACGAAAAGCAAGACACGCUCGAAGUCUGAUGUUUUAUGAUGAAAUGUCAGGUUGGAUUAAAAUGACAAAAGCCCUGUUUUGUUGUCCUAAAUCUAGCUCGUUAAGUUUCCUUUAAAAUAAAUCAUUUCAGUGGACUCACAGUACAACAGGCACAUUCAACAGAAGCACAUUUCAUGGCACUAUAUGUAAAUCUGUUUCAGAUUGCAAACCUACAGCUUUUUUAAACAAAAUGUACUUUCCUCAAUAAAAAUCUGCACAAGCCACACAAA